UACGCCUUAACCAUUGUCCCCCUCCCACAUUUCUUAGUUGUUACAAUUAAAUGUUCUCUCUCUCUCUCUCUCUUAAAGUCUUAUCUACAUAUAAUAUUCAUUCUGUACACAUACACAGAGAGAGAGAGAGAGAACUCUUCUCAUAGAAUAUGACACCAUAUCUCACAUGGUGUCUUCACUGAGAUCCAUUCCUUUUCUCCUAAUUGGCACAGAACUGAAGAAUUAAAUCACAAGGGUAAAAUUCUACGCGGGUCUUUUGCUUGUAACAGAUAAGCUGGUAGCUAUGGAACUUGCUGAUUUUUGCGGGUCUUCAGCAUCCACAGACGGAAAAUUGGAAGCCAUGGAGCUUCUGGAGGAGUAUUGGUUCUUCGAAAACUUGUUUGAUACAAGAACAAUCAUGGAUAAGUCUUCCUCUGAUCCUUCUCUUUCACCAAAGAAUUGCCAGAAGAUUUCUGCCAAGAGCCCGGCCAAUGAACUGCCUUCAUCGGUAGCUGAAGUUCCGAGGAAAGAUAGUUCUGCCCGUCAUAGCUUGCGUCGAGCACCAUCAUUACCACCGUGCAUAGGAAGGGGGAGAUUGUCUGAAGAAGAAGAAGAAGAAGAAGAAGAAAGGCAUCAUGCAAUGAGCAAAUUGACCCGCCAAGCUUCACUCAAUUCUUCAGACAUCUUGCCACCCCGACAUACAUCUAAGAAUAUGACACCAAGUCCCAGCAUCCCAAAGCACCGAGCAAGAAGAGAAUCCAAAGUCGUCAGCCCAAAUCAGGACACCAAGAACCAAGGUUGCUCAAGUAAAGAGAAAAUUCCCAAGAGGCUAACCCACAGGAAGAGCAGGAAAAGUCUAAGCGAUCUGGAAUUCGAGGAGCUACAAGGGUUCAAGGACUUGGGCUUCACAUUCAACAAGGAGGACUUAAGCCCAACUGUGGUUAACAUCAUACCAGCUUUGAAAGAGAAGACUCAACAAAAUUGGGACGAAGACAAUAAGGUGAGGAGACCUUAUCUAUCUGAAGCAUGGCUUGUACAAAGAUCAGCCUCUCCAAUGCCCAACUGGGUUCACAGUGAAUCAGCAGGCGACAUGAAGGCACACCUCAAGUUCUGGGCCAGGGUUGUGGCGUCUAACGUGCGGCAAGAAUGCUGAGUCACUUUACCUGAUAAGCACUGCUCAAUGGGAUGGUAUUUUGUCAUACUUUAUCAAAUUAUCCUUCACUUUGAAAUUUAUGUCGUCUGCAGUUUGCACAUAUUAAAGGAAUUCUGGGAACUGGGAGCGACACCCCUUCUCAGAAUCAGAAAUUAAUAAGAAAAAUGAAAGACCCAGCAGAGUCCCAAAGCACAAGAUAUCUCGCACAAACCCUUCAAAAUUGAUUAUUCACAUAUUGCAACUUGUACAAUAUUAUCAAGAUCCUUUCUGUUCUAAGUUCUAAUGCCAAUGUCAUGUUCUUCUUCAGUCUAUUUGCAUGGUGAAUAGGUUGAUUCCUUUCACCAGCCCUCCACACCUUACAACUAAGGGCUGGGUGGCUGCCCAUUGCACAGUUGGACACUGUCUGAUGCUUGAGCUCCAAGUGUCCAUCAGUACGAUGCUUGGAAGGGCGCUUGCGUCUAAGGAGAAAAAUAAUUGGACUCAAUGAAAUCCAGCUCAUGCUAUUUUCUUGCAUCUUCAACCACCUAGUGUCCUAGUCUACCUGCAGCUGCAAACAGUCGAUUCAUGAUGACCCAACCCAGAGGUUUAUUAUUGGUGGUGGAUCAUCAAGAUGAGGAUCAGUACAAAUUUUGAAAGUUUUGUUUCAUGGUUGGUGCCAAUUUGUACGGCUAAUUUGCUGUCCUAGUUGUCCCUGAGGAACCAUGUUUUGGAUCAUCAUGAACCGACUGUCUUGCAGCUACAGAUAGACUAGAAGCCAGUACCCACGCAUUCAACUGUCUGAGAAAAUCCAGAAGCCAAGGCACUUCUCUAUGGGGCCCAACUCAGAGUCACCAAAGAACUGGUUGAGUAGUCAAGUGCCAGUGACAUCUUGUCAUUCAAGAACCAGCUGGUUACAGCCUUACAGGCAAGCUAGCUAGUAGGCUAGCUACUGCUGAGUGCUACAGAGACUUAAUUCGUAUCGUGCUUGGCUUAAUUAAUAACCGACAAAUACAUGUUUCACUUGUUUUCUGUCUGGUGAAAGGCAAGCUUCAAUUUGCCAACAAUUUCCUUUGUCUGCUAGAAGAAUCGCAUGUCUUAGCCUACAUCUAUAGCUACAAACAUCUACUCAUCUAUGGGGAAAGAUUUGCAUCAGAGAGCAUUGAACUGACAUUCAUACUACAAAAAUACCCGUAUGAAAAACCCAUCAUCGUUUUCAUAUAGCAACAGCAUUAUGAACCUGACAUAAAUUUCACAACAAAAUAGCUAGAACAGCACAUAAUCUAGAGCUUAUCCCCCCCAUAAUCAAGGGUCCUAUGGGGUGCCCAAUAAAGAUAUGAAGUUUCCAAUGGUUCUUCAGAUUCAGAAACAAGGAGGAUUAAGAAUACUCGGUUGAUUGCGACCCAGUGUAAAC